AUGUACGCCGAGAACCCCAAGGCCCGUCCGGGCUACUGCCCCAAGAACGCCGCCUCUCCGGAGCUAAUGGAGGUCUGGCCGAGAUACUUCCCCGGGGAAACCGAGCUCUCGGGGCGCGACCGCAGGGCCAUACUCGUCGGCGCCCUGGUUAAUGCCCUGGAGGAGAGGAGCAAGCUCCUCCCACGGGUUGAAAAAGAUGGUGCUAUCUCCUUCCUUCCGAUUGAUUUCCAGCAGCUUAAGAACUUGUGCGACGACACCGAUCUCUUAAAUGCUCUCAAGGAAAAUCCUAAAGAAGCCUUGCUUUGCAUGGGAGUAGCAGUUCAUCUGUAUAAGUGGUCAGGCAGGCUGAACGAUAUAGAAAAGGUCAAUAUCAGGCUUUACAACCAUACCGAGACAAUAAUUGCUUUGAAGAAUUUGAAAGCGGCCUAUAUUAAGAAACUGGUGACAGUGCGUGGUACUGUUGUAAAAGUCAGUACUGUGAAGCCUCUAGUUAUGGAGCUGGAUUUCCAUUGCAUGAAGUGUGCUACAGUCAUCCGCUGUGUGUUCUCUGAUGGGAAAUUUUCACCUCCAGCAUCCUGCGUAAUUCAGGGUUGCAAGGGCAGAACCUUCACUCCAUUGAGAUCUACUGCCAAGUUGAUAGAUUUUCAGAAAAUAAGGAUACAGGAGCUUGCUAGUGCUGAAAACCGUGAAGAAGGCCGAGUGCCAAGGACUAUAGAAUGUGAGCUUGCAGAAGAUCUUGUAGAUUGUUGCAUCCCCGGUGAGGUUGUAACAGUAACUGGAAUUGUCAAAGUGCUGAACAACUAUAUGGAUGUUGGAGGAGGGAAGUCCAAAAGCAGAAAUCAGGGUUUAUACUACUUGUACUUGGAAGCAAUCUCAGUAAGGAACUCGAAGGGCCAUGCUGUUUCAGAAAAUUCAGAUGCAAGCUCUACUGAUAUUCCUCCUAGUGGAUCUUUCGGUUUUGAAAGCUUUACUGAUAAAGAGCUUGAAUUCAUUUACGAAUAUAAUAAUGAGCAUGGUCCUGAUGUAUUUCGUCAAAUACUUCAUUCUUUUUGCCCCUCCAUCUAUGGACAUGAACUUGUAAAAGCUGGUAUCACUCUUGCACUUUUUGGUGCUGUGCAGAAGCAUUCAAUGGAUCAGAACAAAGUCCCAAUCAGAGGAGACAUACAUGUUAUCAUAGUUGGCGAUCCAGGACUAGGCAAGAGCCAAUUACUAAAAGCUGCAGCAUCCGUUUCCCCGCGGGGAAUAUAUGUAUGCGGGAAUACAACAACGAAUGCUGGUCUAACUGUUGCGGUGGUUAAAGAUUCAAUGACAAGUGAUUAUGCAUUCGAGGCUGGGGCCAUGGUACUUGCUGACCGUGGACUAUGUUGCAUUGAUGAGUUUGACAAAAUGUCAGCAGAGUAUCAGUCCUUACUGGAAGCCAUGGAGCAGCAAUGUGUAUCUGUGGCAAAGGCUGGCCUUGUCGCAAGUUUAUCUGCCCGCACCUCUGUGCUGGCAGCCGCUAAUCCUGUUGGUGGUCAUUACGACCGAGGGAAAACAGUGAAUGAGAAUUUAAAGAUGAAUGCUGCCCUCCUCUCUCGGUUUGACUUAGUUUUCAUUUUGCUUGACAAGCCAGACGAGUUUCUAGAUAAGAGAUUAUCAGACCAUAUAAUGGCGCUCCAUACAAAUGAUAGAGAACAUUGCACACCCAACAAGAGGUUAAGAACAGUGUCUCAAUGUAGUGACAUUAUGGGUGCCGAAAUUGGUGAGAAAUCAUUAGCUUCAAAGCUGAGACUACAUCCAGAGAAAGACAGAGAUUUUGUUCCUUUACCUGAACCACUUCUUCGCAAGUAUAUAUCUUAUGCAAGAAACUAUGUUACCCCUCGCAUGUCAAAGCAAGCAGCUGAAACUCUGCGAGGCUUUUACUUGUUUUUGAGAGACCGCAGUACUUCUACUGAUGGCACACCCAUCACAGCGAGACAAUUGGAAAGCCUUGUAAGGUUAGCAGAAGCUCGUGCUCGGGUAGAUCUAAGAGAAGAAGUGACUGAACAAGAUGCAAAGGAUGUUAUUAGCAUCAUGAAAGAAUCAUUAUAUGACAAAUAUGUUGAUGAGCAUGGUUAUGUGGACUUUACUCGGAGUGGUGGGAUGAGCCAACAGAAGGAGGCAAGGAGACUUCUGAGUGCCUUAAACAAGCAAUCUGAGUUGCAGCAGAAAGAUUGCUUUUCAAGAGCUGAGAUGCAGAGCUUAGCAGAUAAAAUCAACUUGCAAGUUCCAGAUUUAGAUAGUAUCGUGGAAAGCUUGAACAGUGCCGGGUUUCUUCUAAAAAAAGGACCAAAAUACCAGCUACAGACCUCAUCAUAUUCACGGACCCAGCCAACAAGGUCAAGAUGGUGA